AUGGAAUCUAUAUUGUCUAUUUUUACUAUUGCUGUAUUAAAAGAUACUGGUUAUUAUGCUGAAGUAAAUGAAAGUAUGGCUAAUAAUAUAUAAUGGGGAAAAAAUAAAGGAUGUGAUUUUGUUCUUAAAGCUUGCUAAUCUGGUACUUAUUAUUCAGAGUUUAGUCGAACAGAAUAUUGUCGUGGUUAAUGCUCUUCAUAAAAUUAUGGUUAUGGGGAAGUUGUUUAAAAUAGUUUAAUGGAUAAUUGCAAAAAAAUUAACAAUUCAGUUUUAUGCGAAGAUUAUUCAAACUUAAAAUAGUUUCAUGAUAAUCUAUUGUAAUAUUAUGGAGUUAAUUCUAGAUGCUUUCGAUCUACUGCUAAUGAUGGAUUAUAUAAUAAAUUCCAUUAAACUACUCGUUGUCAUCACGUUAUAUGUUCUCCUGAUUUUACUUAUAUUACAAUAGGUUUUCCUGAUUAACGAUUUCAAAAAUUAGUAUGCACAUAAUAAGAUUAAGGAAAGUAAAUGGAAGUUGUUAAAGAAAAACCAGAAUAUGGAUUCAUUGAAUGUUCUGAUAAUUAAAGAGAAUUUUGUAGUUAUACUCCGGAAUGUCCUUAUUAUUGUAACUUAAAGGGUAUUUGUAUACAUGGAGAAUAUAAAUUCUCACAUGGAUGGUCGGGAACUUAUUGUUAAGUCUAACUAAAAAGAUUUUGUGCAUAAUUUAUUUUAGAUGAUGAUAGCUAAAAAUGUGUUUAAUAAUGUCCCUAAGGUAAAUUUGCAAACCCUGACAAAUUCUGUAGAGAAUAGUGUCCUAAUGGUUAUUACUAAGAUAAUAUAAAUAAUAUAUACUAAAUGUGA